AUGCAUGUUGAAGCUUUGAACGCCGCCAUACCCCCUUACCAUACUUCGAAAGCUCCAACUACCCCCUUAUACCACGAUCCAACUUCCCGAGACGCGAAACGUCGUCAACGUUCGAAAAUGUGCCUCCUCGAACGUUAUGACCCCAUCGUGCCCAAUAGGCCAAAGGAAAACGCCUCUACGCUCAUCGCCAGCAUCACAAAUGACUUCAUCAGAUACAACGCAAAGCGUCUUACCGACGAGCAAGGACUACUCCACGAAAUCCCCAAACACACACCCACCAACCCAAAAUGCAUCAAGAAAAUAGGGAAACACAACUCGCCGCCACUUGAAAUUCCGGCUCCCGAUGCCUCCAUCCAGGAGGUACGAUUGUUUAUCCAUAUGGUUCUCACACUCGAGGAGUACAAAAUCUACAAGGACCAUCCGGAGUUCAUCGUCUAUACCGUGUACUCCUGGCAUGAAAUGGCCAGUCUUUCCAGGACUUGA